CGUGACGUAGGAGGAAGAAGGCGACGCCAUUAGAGGGAGUCAGGCUGAGGCGGCCCCCCCUCCUCCGGUAACAGGGAAGUGGGUGUCUCUUUCCUCCGGUGUCCUCGUCUCCUUCUGCGCGGGGCCUGCCUUCUCUUCGCCGCCUCCCCACCCCCUGCUAGGAGAGGAGCGGGGCUGCGGAUGUGAGGCCGCAGCGUCGGCGGCCACUUCGCUGCGGAUGGCGGCGUCGGCGGCGACCUCUGGCGCGGGAGGCGGCGCUGCCGGCGGCGGGAGAAGCUUUUCCUUCAAGGUGGUCCUGCUGGGCGAAGGCUGCGUGGGGAAAACCUCGCUGGUCCUCCGCUACUGCGAGAACAAGUUCAAUGACAAGCACAUCACCACCCUACAGGCAUCUUUUCUAACAAAGAAGCUAAAUAUUGGAGGAAAAAGAGUAAACCUUGCAAUAUGGGAUACAGCAGGGCAAGAAAGAUUUCAUGCACUGGGUCCUAUUUACUACAGAGACUCUAAUGGAGCUAUUUUAGUGUAUGAUAUAACAGAUGAAGACUCUUUCCAGAAGGUAAAAAACUGGGUCAAAGAAUUAAGAAAAAUGUUGGGAAAUGAAAUUUGUCUAUGCAUAGUUGGUAACAAAAUAGAUUUGGACAAGGAAAGACAUGUCUCUAUUCAAGAAGCAGAAACGUAUGCAGAAUCGGUGGGAGCAAAACACUAUCACACAUCAGCCAAACAGAACAAAGGCAUAGAAGAACUCUUUCUUGACCUGUGUAAAAGAAUGAUAGAAACAGCGCAAGUCGAUGAGAGAGCACGAGGCAAUGGUUCCAGUCAGUCAGGAACUGCAAGGCGGGGAGUACAGAUAAUUGAUGAUGAACCAGCAGCUCAGACCAGUGGAGGCUGCUGCUCAUCUGGAUAAUUGUAUAAGACUGUGUAUCUUGCCCCUUAGUGAAGACUGCCGUAUUCAAAGUCUCAUUCUUUAUCAGUGGAGAAUCGGAAUUAACAGUAUUCAAAAUCAUUUCUAACAAUUCAGUACCAUUAAGUGCUAAACUAGUGGAGUAUGUGACCAGAGAAUUGGCAUUUUCUACAAUGGUUAACAAAGCAAACCAAUGGCCUUUUUACAUAGUUCUUCAAUAAUGAAUAAUAUUGCAUGUGGGAAAGACUUAUGGCUUCAUUUAUAUUUUAAAUGAGAUCAUUAUUUAAUAACUUAUAUACACUAUUGGAAUGAGACAUUUUUUGCAGCCCUUUGUAUUUUGUGGUAGAUUGAACUGUUAUCACUUCAAAAUUGCAAAUUGAUUUCUUUUUAAUUAGCAGAUACUGAAUACUAUUUUUGCAGGGUUGGUGUCAACCUAUAACUGUCUGACUACUUUGAUAUAUUCAUUCUGUACUCCAUGCUGGUAAAAAUAAAUUGUAAAUUACAUAUUAAAUAUUUUAUCUGCUUUUACAAGUGCAGGUGCAGAAAUAUGUACAUUAGUCUUGUCAGUGAUUAUGAAGUGAGUAACAGCUGGUGAAAAAGAAACAAAUUUCAUUAUUGACUGCUCACUUUUAUUCUUGCUAGAUUAUGUCCAUUCUUUUUGCUUGUUCUGAAGUUCACAUAUUUUGGGAGAAACUUUCUGGCAAGUAUAGGUCUCUAAACACAUAAGGUCUAAACAUCUAGUUAGAAUGUUGUGAUUUGCUUCUACACUUGUUUCUUCUAAUAGAAGUUUGACAUGCCUAAAAUAUUGAACUGCUUUAUAGCUGCUUUUGUCACACAAGAAUUGAAUCUUACAAACUUGGCUGCUUCCAUCUGAUAAUCACUAAGCAAGACCUGAUCACGAAACUUCUGUUCUUUUAUCCUUGCUUCUUCUUGUCAAGCUUUUCUUCCAGUUAAAGAAAUGAAAAUAAGUGAAAAAUAACUUGGCUGCAACAGUUUUCUUUGGGGGGUUUUUUAAUAGGCCAUUUAAAUUGGAAAGAACACAAUGUGUUUUGUAUCAGCUUUGUUGAAAUCCACUUGGUUUUUGAAUAGGAGAAAUUACAAAUAAGAAUAUAGAAAGUAUCUUCUGAAGGGACAGCGAUUUGGAAAAUAACCUGGAACUGUUCUUGUAUUGGAACUAGAAGAGUAAAGCUAAAGUAGAAUGCUAAAGAAAAUUUCACUGAAGGUAUUAUUUGGUAAAUGGGUAUAUGUUGGUGUGGAAAUGGAGUACAUGGUUUAGCCUUAGAAAACUGGCUUGUGUGAUCCUCAUACUAAUGUCACGUGGUGCUUUGAAUUUUCAGUAGUGCAGUGAUCGUUAUUCACAUUCAAACCUAAAGAUAAAGGUGCACUGAGAAACUUGAUACCAACCUUAUUAACUUCACUCUCCAAAACCUGGCACAUAAGCUUUAAGGAUUAGUCUUCUAAAACAUUGCAUGGAUUUAUUAUCUUUCACAAGUUGUAUGAAAAUCAGGUGAGGCUUAUGAGAAGAAACUAGCUGCCACACAUGGCUAUAAUCUUAUUUAAUAUGUACAUUGUACUCUGUACCCUUGACCUUAAUUGUAAGUUAGAUGAUCUGUUAAAGUGCAUCUGUUUAGUUUGGUUACUGUGACUUAAACCAUGUGCUGCUGUAAGCUACUCUAUCUUCAUUAAAUAUUCAUAUUUAGUA